AUGGCAACAAGUGUACGAACAUUCAGAUCUCUGGCACGACCUGCCGUGGCACGUCGGUUCCGUCCAGCUGUCACUCUCCCUGCCAUUCAGUCUCGCUUGCACUCUUCUAAACACCCCAAAGGCUUCGAAGCCCCUUCAAAUGAGGAGCUCGAUGAGUUGAGGGAGCGUGUGCAGGAAUUCACACGCCGUGAGAUCACAGAAGAGGUCGCUGCAAAGACUGACAAGACAAAUGCCUUCCCAGCAGAGAUGUGGCAGAAACUUGGUGAAGCUGGCUUCCUAGGCAUCACAGCUGACGAGGACGUCGGUGGCCUCGCUAUGGGUUACCAGGCGCACAUCAUUGUUAUGGAGGAGCUAUCGCGAGCCUCCGGUUCUAUCGGCCUCAGUUACGCGGCACAUUCACAACUCUGCGUCAACCAGUUGCAACUCAAUGGAUCUCCAGAGCAGAAACAAAAGUACCUCCCUGGCCUCAUUGCUGGCACAAGUGUCGGCGCGCUGGCCAUGUCUGAGUCUGGUGCUGGCAGUGACGUCGUCAGCAUGCGAACAACAGCAAAGGCCGUUGACGGUGGCUACGUGCUGAACGGAUCCAAGAUGUGGAUCACCAACGGCCCUGACGCUGAUGUUAUUGUGGUUUACGCCAAGACAGAGCCCGAAAAGGCCUCCAAGGGUAUCACGGCUUUCAUCGUGGACACCAAGAGCGAGGGCUUCAGCUGUGCUCGCAAACUCGACAAGAUGGGAAUGCGCGGCAGUAACACCGGCGAACUCAUGUUUGACGGUGUCUUUGUACCUGCAGAGAACAUCCUUGGCAAGGUCAACGGAGGUGUGCGAGUCCUGAUGGAAGGUCUCGAUCUGGAGCGCUUGGUGUUGAGCGCUGGACCUCUGGGCAUCAUGCAGGCUUCACUGGAUGUUGCCCUGCCCUUCACACACCAGCGCAAGCAGUUUGGUCAGCCUAUCGCUCACAACCAGUUGCUCCAGGGCAAGCUGGCCGAUAUGUACACGAAGCUCCAGGCUUCUCGUGCCUAUACCUACACAACCGCCAAGGCGGUCGACGAGAACGGUCUGAUCCGCACACAGGACUGCGCGGGAGCUAUCCUGUAUGCAGCUGAGCGGGCGACGGAGUGCACACUCGACUGUAUUCAGCUUCUUGGUGGAAUGGGUUAUGUUGAGGAAAUGCCCGCAUCACGAUUGCUUCGAGAUGCCAAGUUGUAUGAGAUUGGAGCCGGUACUUCUGAGAUUCGAAGAAUGGUCAUUGGCAGGGCUUUCAAUAAGGAGUAUGCACAGGUUUGA